UGGGGGGGAUGGGCGCAGCCUGUGUCGUAAACAGCAGUCCGGUGUUGUCGUGGUUGCGACGAGAAAUGCACCUACGCUGACGCGCUGGUCGUUGUUUAACGCCGCCGGCGGCCUCCACGCAUUGGCCAUUGACGCUCGGUAGCUGUCGUCAUCCGAGCCGGCAGCGGGUGCGGCGGCGAUCGCGCUUGUUUUCGUCUGCGGCGCGAGAGCAGACGACGACGGCGUCAUGUCGGCCACGGCUUCUCCGCUCGCGGGAUGCCCGGACGUCUCGUCCUUCCCGCCUUCGUACAGCGAAGCCACCCGGCAGCACGCUUCACUGGGCGGUGGACUGAGCUUCGUGGAUUUCUUGCCUUACUGCAUCAGUUCGGGCGGCCUCUUCAGCACGCCGACGUUCGAGCCGUUCAGGGUGCUGCUCCAACGUGCCAAUGACUGGCUCAAGGAGAACUGCACCUGGGAAGUGAAGACAUGCGAGAGCGUCGAGUUCAAGACCUCGUCCGAGGUGGUCAACACCGAGCGCAUGACAUACUAUGAGUACGGCGAGCAGAGCACCCGCUACGUGCGCAGCCUGAGGCUAUGGCUGGUUCCACGCCUCGACCAGAGCCGACCUGCACAGCAGCUGGAGUACCGCAACCUGAUCCCGCAGCAGACGGGCCAUGCGGGGCUGUUCGGAAUGCCCACAUUCGAGACACUGCACGAACUUCUGGAACGCUACAACCAGCAGCUCAUGCACCAGCCUGCACCAGGGCGGGUUCUGGCGGUGGAGACGCAAGAGAUGAAGAUCCCCAGCUACUCAAACUUCGACCCCGACCGGUCGUACUGGUCCGAGUAUGGUGGACGCAACCGGCACUUCCUCUUUGUGGUGCGGGUCUUCUACGAGCUUGGCUCAACGAGUUGCGAGGAAAUCGGCGUGGCAGACUUUGUGCCCCUGCGGCAGUCGACUGGUGGCCUCUUCUCGUUCCCGAGGUACGAGCCGUUCUGCAACGUCAUCGGCCGGGCGGCCCAGUGGUGCUCCCAGCAGGGCUCGCUGCGUUUCUGCAACGCCCAGUCCCUCGAGAUCAAGCUGAAGUCAGGUGAGCAACACUUCCGUGACAUUGCCAAAGUACCUACUCUAGUAAGCAUUGGGUGAUGCACGAUCUGUGUGACGUACUGCACUUGUGUCAGAAA